AUGGCUCACCUCCAACUUAUUCUCGAUCGUCUCAUUGUUGAAAACCUUCAUGGGCCUAUAAACUCUGUUUCGACCUCACAUCAACCUCGAGUUUCGAGAAACGACAGUUCGCAAGCUGAGCUAUAUGCCACGUUUCAACAAAGAGAUGAUCAAGAUCUGGAUGCCGGGGAUCCAAGCAGUGAUAGCAAAAACGAUGAUUUACUGUUCUUUGUUAGGCAGACAAAUCCUGAAAAUGAAGAUCUUGAUCCAGUCUUUGUCAAAAGAAAGCCGACACCAC